GGGCCGCAGGGGCGGCGGCAGCGGCCGGGCUCCGCACGCUCCAUGGCGGCCGCUGCCGGCCCCGACGAGGCGGACGAGGCGGUGCGGGGAACCUGCGAGGACGCGUCCGUCUGCAAACGGUUUGCUGUGAGUGUUGGCUACUGGAAGGACCCUUACAUCCAGUAUUUUGUGAGACAAGCCAAAGAAAGGAAAGCACCUGAGAUCAACAGAGGUUAUUAUGCUCGUGUGCACGGGGUCAGUUACCUGAUCAAGGCUUUCCUAGAGAGGACAGAAUGCAACUGUCAGAUUGUAAACCUUGGGGCUGGCAUGGACACCCUGUUCUGGAGGCUGAAGGAUGAAAAUCUUCUCCCUAGAAAAUAUUUUGAAGUGGAUUUUCCAAUGAUCGUUGCAAGAAAAAUACAUAAUAUCAAAUCAAAACCUCCCCUGUCAAAACCAAUUAUGGAAUCCCAUUCAGGGGACUCUCUUCUAAUAGAUUCCCACAGCCUGGACUCCAGUCGAUAUUCCAUAGUGGGAGCAGACCUCCGUUUCUCAUCGGAUCUGGAGGAAAAGCUAAAGAAACAUAGCUUGGAUAUACAUUUGCCAACGCUGCUGGUGGCCGAGUGUGUGCUGGUUUACAUGACCCCCCAGCAGUCUGCAAACCUGCUCAAGUGGGCAGCAAGCACCUUCCCCGUGGCCAUGGUUAUCAAUUAUGAGCAGGUGAACAUGAGGGAUCGCUUCGGGCAGAUCAUGAUCGAGAACCUGCAGCGCCGGCAGUGCAACCUGGCCGGGGUGGAGCUCUGCAGCUCCCUGGACUCACAGAGGGAACGACUGCUGGUAAAUGGCUGGGAAAACGCCCGUGCCAUCGAUAUGAUGAAGGUGUACAGCUUCCUGCCACAGGCUGAUGUCAAAAGAAUAGAAGCCCUUGAAUUCCUGGAUGAAAAGGAACUGUUUGAACAACUGAUGCAGCACUACUGCAUCUGCUGGGCUUGCAAGGACAGCAGCAACCUGGGCCUGGCAAACAUCGACUUCUGAGGGGAGGGGAGCCCUGUGGAGCCCCAUGGAGGUGGAGAGGAUGGGAUUUGCACGUGGCAGCCCCGGGCUGUGGCUGGGACAGCUCCUGCUGCUGCUGCUGGGGACGGGCCUGGUGCCUUGGGGUGGUUUCAAGGAACAUUUUCUGUGAGCAGGACUUGCCUCCCGUUCCCAGCUGUCUAACGGUGCACAAGGUGUCAGUAACUCCUGUUUAAAGCUUGCCUUCCUUAGUUUAAAGCUGAAAGUGAAGUGUUCUUGGACUCUUUGGUUUCCCUCUCCCGUGUUUUUGUGGAUGUGUAGCUGGUGUUUGUGGCAGGAGCCUGGGCAGCUGCAGCAGGGGGAGCCUGCCCUGGCUGGGCAGGGAGGGAAUUCUGUGCGUUCUGUUCUGCCCUGGGUGGGCAGGGAGGGAAUUCUGUGCGUUCUGUUCUGCCCUGGCUGGGCAGGGAGGGAAUUCUGUGCGUUCUGUUCUGCCCUGGGUGGGCAGGGAGGGAAUUCUGUGCGUUCUGUUCUGCUCAGGUCGGAUUCUGAUCAAGUGUGUUGGCUUCUCCAGGCUUCACUGCUGCUCACUGUCACUGCUGGGUGUUCCUGGAGGGGAAGGGUGAAGGAGGAGGAGGAGGGCCCUGGCUGUGUUCAGUGAUGUACAAGAAACUGGAAAAUGGGUUUGAUUUAACUGGGAAAGGCUUAGCUUGUGGUUUCAGCACUGGGAUGCUGAAGAAAGAAAUUAAUCUCAAUUUGCACUGCUUCUGGUAGUAUCUUUACACCAGUUCCUCCUUCUCUCUUUCCCCUUAAAAGAAGCAAAACAAAAUCCCAACAGCAAUGAAAGCCCUUGUCCUGUUGUUUGAAAUUGAAUCUUGCAACCUUCCUAUGAGAAAAAUAAUAAAUGUUUAGUA